AUGGAAUCUCGCAUUAAGUCUGGUAACGUCAUAUGGGAAACGCCAGAAAACUUGCAGCCAGUGCACGGUCUAUUCGUAAAACCUUCAAGUGAUGGCACUACAGGAGACUUAUUCGUAGCAGCAACAGAAGACAGUGGCAUCAAGUCGCAAUGGCUCUCAGAACAACCCAUAAACUUCCUCUCAGCGGCAGCCCAAACUCUACCUAAUACAGCGCCUGUCUUCACUGGAAGUAUUUCAUCAUUAUCUUCACCGCAGGAAGAAUCAGUAACAACUCAAAAGAGAGCGGUGCUGACCAGUCCAACAGUAAAGUAUACUUACAAUCUUCCCAUAGCAACAGAAGAAGAUGAUUUGGUGAAGAAUCCAAUAGUUACAUCAUCACUUUCACCUUCAACAGCUGAAGAAACCGAGGGGUCUUGUGCUGCAAGUCCUGCUGUUCAACAGUAUUCUCCGUAUCAUUACAUUUACCCGCAUAUGUUGUCAACUAUCGUAAAUACUUUAAAUGCUUAUAAGGAACCUGGUAAAACUGACGAUAACAAAGUUGCUACGGUGCAAACACCAUUCUGGCCACAGGCAUACGCUUAUCCUUUCCAGUAUGUGGUAGUAGAUCCGAGUACAUGGACCACUUCUUCAACUACAGCGACAUCUAGUUCAGCGUCAGGGAAGGAAAGUUCUUAA